AUGAUGACGCAGUCUUACUAUGGUGAUGGUUACGACGCAUUCGGUCGCCCGAAUCCACGAGCCCCGUCCUCUGCUGCGUACUAUGAACGUCCGAAUCCCUACAGUCACAGCUACUACGACGCGAAUCAGCAAGACCUCCGUUCGGACUACGUUGGCCGGAAUGGCACUCGUACAUUGAUUCAGGAACAGGGUUCGGAACACGGCCCUGCCGGAUUGCAGCGCCGGCGGAUUCAAGUUGCAUGUUCACGUUGCAGAAGACGGAAGAUCAAAUGCACCGGAGAUCCAGGUGACGGCAGUGGCUGCUCAGCAUGUCGGUCUGCUGGAGCCGACAGAUCUUCUUGCACAUUCAUUCGAGUUGGAAGUCACUCUCUAUCGACACAGGUUCUAGACGUACUCCCCACAACUGGAGUAGAGCGAUCAACAACGCCGACUACAGCUACCUACAGCGCAGCAACGUUGUCUGGCGCCUACCAAAACGGAGUCUAUCAAUCUGGCCAUCGCCCAUCUCUGCCGUUAUUACAAACACGAUUGGCGUAUCCCGAAUACGAAUCGUACGGUACAUCUCCCCCCGACGAGUACUCCUGUAGUUCCUCGUCACUCCCGCGGCAACAUUCGUACUCCAGCAGCAACUAUGGAGCAGAAAGUUUUCGCCCAUGGACCGCCGGUACUAUUGUCGCCCCUGUCACGUCUACCAGCGUGUACUAUGAACCUGGAACGGCGUUCUCCGCUAGCUUCGGCAGUUUACAGGCAGCUCCGUCAUACACCCCCACAGCGUACACUCCGGCUCCCGUCAACCGGCUGCCUGGCGCUUCGAGCGAAGCUUUUUCCCCACUGAACAUGGCCUCAAUGCAUACUUCGUUGCCAUCACAGACGGUUCAGGAAAGGCGCCUGCCAAUACCCUACACCCAAACCCAUGCCCCACCCACAUACAUGACUCCAGAAGUCCCGCAGAUCCGCCCAUUGGGUUCCUUCACGGAGCCUCGAGCUCAUAUCAAUGGCAUCUACAGCCGCAACGGCAUGCCAUGGUCUUCUGAUAACCCAGCAACGUCAUCCACAUCGUCUCGUGUUGGGUCCCUCAGCAGUAUCCCCAACCCUCGGAACGACUCUGCAAACACUACAUCGGGAAGCACCUCCUCAUCAUACACAAGUGAUCCCAUUCUUGGCUACCAGUUCAGUGCAUCGACGGGCAGUCCCACGACAUCACCAACAGCAGGUCCGCCACUGUCUGAAAGCUUUCAGGGCGCAUCAAACACGGCCUCUGCAUUCAUGCUUCCUCCCGCUUCCAGAACCCGUAUCCCGCGCGGAUCUUCGUAUCCAAACCUUCCAUCGUUGACUGGUGGAAGUGGAGACGAGUACCAGCAGCCAUCUUCUUCCUCCUCCUCCUCCUCUCGGGAAGCUGCCGCGAGCCUUUACAGUUUCAGUACAGGCGUUGAUCUAUCUGACCGCGUCUCUUCUGAACGUCAACGCCACCACCGUCAUCGUCACAACAAUGACGAGCAAUCUCAUACCAGCCACCGCACAUCUCAACCACAGCAUGCCGCGAGUGUUGAUGAGUUGAGACGGAGGUCUCACGAUCAGCAACAGCGUUCUUCUACCGCCCACCGAAUGUCGGUCUCGAACAUUAAUGGCAGGUGUUGA